AUGAAUUGCCUGUUUUUUGUAAAAAUUCUUACAGUUCCAUUUCUGAUAUGGAUACAUCGUCAUCAUCGCACCUAUAAUGGCACCGUUACGGAAUCAUUGAAAGAGAAGCUGAUCCAGAAUGACCUAAAUCCAUAUUUCCAGUGCGGCAGAUGGCUGGCAGAAGGUGAAGGGAAUGCAGGCGAAAAAUCUGAGAAAGCUAAAACAGUGGUGUCUACGGAGGGAAGUACGAGUGGGGAAGUAAAACCACCAGAAGAGAAGAAAGAAGAAAAUAAAAUGCCGAAGAAGGAAGAAGGAGAAACAGAUAAAACAGUGGCGACCGCAGUUAAUGAUGUACCACUCCUUCCAACAGGAAUAAAAGAAAUAAUCGAUUUAUUAACAGGAAUAAUUGCAUUAAACUUGGAAGAACAAAAGUUAAAAUUUAAAUUAUUUGUGGAAGAAAUUAAAUUAAAUGACAUGGUAGAAAAAAUUAAGAUAAAGAAUACAAUUAAACUCAAUGCUGAGAAGGAUCUUGAGGAAUUAAGUCAAAUUGAAGAAAAUUUUAUGAUAAAUUAUAGAAAACAUAAAAUUCAGUUAAAAGGAAUUAAAAAAAAAAUUGAACUAAAAAAAAAAUUAUUAAAAUAUCGUAUCAUAAAUAAAAUUAUAAAAGAAUCGCCCAAAGGGGAAAAUUCUGGUAACUUAACAAAAGAGGAUUUAAUCGAAUUGGAGAUAAUAAAGGUUGAUGAACAAGUAGAGCGGUUAAUUCAAAAUGGAGGAUUGCCUCCUGCAGGUAAAGGGCCAUUAAAAAACGAAGAGAAGGGUGAUGAGGAUGGUGAUAAGGCAAAUAAAAAUGGUAAAUCAAAGGGAAAGGCAAAAAUGAUAAAUUAA